AUGUCCAAGACCAUCCUCGUCACCGGCGCCACGGGCAAACAAGGCGGCGCCGUCAUCAAGUCCCUCCUCGACUCCGGCGCCGACAUCACCAUCUUCGCCGUAACCCGUGACCCGUCCUCCGCCUCAGCCCAAAAGCUCGCCGGCACCUCCCCCAAAAUCCAGCUCAUCAAAGGCGACCUCAACAACCCCGCCUCCAUAUUCUCCUCCGCGCCCGAACCCAUCCACGCCGUCUUCAGCAUCCAAACCCCCACCACCGCCACGGACAACCAAAACGCCUCGGACACGGAAUACGACCAAGGCGCCGCCCUCAUCGACGCCGCCAUCGCCGCGGGCUCCGUCAAGCACUUCGUCCAGACGUCCGUCGACCGCCACGGCGCGCGGUCCGCGUCAAACCCGACGAAGGUCCCGCACUUCAUCAGCAAGCACAAGAUCGAGCGGCACCUGCUAGCGCGCGCCCCCGCCGCCGGCAUGACGUGGACGAUCGUGCAGCCCGUCGCCUUCCUCGAGAACUUCGGCAGCGCGCAGAUGGGCCCCGCCUUCGCGGCGAUGUGGAAGACGACGCUGGGAUGGGAGCGCCCGCUGCAGCUGGUGUCGGCGGUGGAUAUCGGGCGGGUGGCGGCGGCGGCGUUGGUCGAGGAGGAGAGGUAUGCGGGGAGGAUGAUUCCGCUGGCGGGGGAGGAGAUUGCAUUGAGGCGGGUGCAGGAGAUCUACAGGGAGGUGAAGGGCGGGGCGGAGCUGCCGAUGGUGCCGGAUGAGGUUGCGACGGGUAUCUUGGAGGGCAACUAUGAUACGAAGAUGAUGUUUGAGUUCUUUGUUGAGGAGGGGUAUGGUGCGGAUGUUGAGGCGCUGAGGCGCGAGUUCCCGGGGAUGCUGGAUUAUAAGGGGUGGUUGGAGAGGGAGAGUGCUUAG